CCUGGUGUCGGCAUAUACUUUGCAUAACCUACCUAAAUUGUCCCUACAGCGUUGUUGGCAAAUUGCUCGUUCCAUUGGCAUUCCCUAUAAACGCACUCUUACAGCUGCGCAACUGCGUUCACUUAUUGCUGACAUACUUAUUGAAGAAGAGAUGGCACAUCAGACUCCUCCCUCUACGGGAGCUAGGGCAAAAACUACUAUGUUCUCGCAGGAGGAAGAUGAUACACCUACGGAGCAAAAUGGUCAGUAUAGUGCACAUGGGUUGUCUCAGGGUGAAUCAGCGUCGUUGGCACUUCAGCUGGCAAAAAUCAAUCUUGAGCAAACUAGGGAACAGAGAGCAUUCGCAAGGGAAGAAUUUGAUAGGGAAAGAGAAAGGAGGCAGUUUUCGCAUUCUGUAAACGAUUUCAGUUUACAAAAAGCAUACAGCUUGUUCCCCGCUUCAAUGAGGCCGAACCAGAGCAAUUUUUCGAAAGCUUCGAAAAUCAGGCUCGAGCCUUGAGGUGGCCGGAACAGCACUGGGCAGCGUUGGUUCAUACAGCAUUAUUGGGUAAGGCACAGGAAUUUACGUCGGUAUUAACUGACGCUGAAUUCUCUGAUUAUCAAGUAGUGAAGACCACAGUGUUGGGAGCAUAUACAUGUAUCCCAGCUAAAUAUCGUAAGACCUUCAAAUUGAACAGGCGGCAGCUUGGUCAAUCCCUGGUGGACUUUGUGAGACAGCAAACCAAAGCUUUUACCAGCUGGUAUAAAGCGAGUGGUGUCUCUAACUUUGAGGAGCUGGUGCAGCUUAUUCUGAUUGAUAACCUGCUGGAGUCUGUGGGACCAGAGGUUCGUGUCUUUCUGCAGGAUCGUGACUUAACCACUGCAUUGGAGGCGGCCAGGUUGGCUGAUACCUUCGAAACGAACCGCUCCUUGUCCGAGCGGUCCCGUCUCUCUUUUCAACAGUCUGGCGUGAGCAGAAGCUGCACCUUGUUAUUGGCAAUAAUAAAGGGGUCUAAAUGACUUCCGCAAAAGUAAAUCAAGCCAGAAACAUGAGAGCUCACUUGGAAGAUAAACCGUAUCAUUGUUUACUAUGCCAAAAGAAAUAUUCUCACAAAUAUACUCUAGCAAAACAUAUGGCAUGGCAUGCAGGAGUGAAACCAUUUCGGUGUUUGAAGUGUUUGAAAAGAUUUUCACAGAAAUCUUGUUUAGUAAUACAUGAGAGGGUUCAUACAGGAGAGAAGCCAUACCAGUGUUCUCAGUGUCUAAAAAACUUUUCACAAAAAGCUAAUCUGCAGAGACAUAUGAAAGUUCAUACAGGAGGAAAUUAUAUCAUUGCACUGAAUGUCCUAAAUCUUUUACACAAAAAAUUGCAUUAGUAAAGCAUACGAGAAUUCAUACAGGAGAGAAACCUUAUCAGUGUUCAGAAUGCUUAAAGGAUUUUAAACACAAGUCACAAGUUGAGGAUCAUAUGAGGGUUCAUUCUGGAGAGAAACCAUAUCAAUGUUUGGAAUGUUUAAAACACUUUUCUUUCAAAUCAAAUUUAACAGUACACAUGAGAGUGCAUUCAGGAGAGAAACCAUUUGACUGUUCAGAGUGUUUACAAAAAUUUGCUCAAAAAUCUGAUCUUGCAAAGCAUUUGAGGGUUCAUAGAGGUGAAAGACCUUAUCAGUGCUCCGAGUGUCAAAAAAGUUUUGCACUGAAAUCAAAUUUAAUUACACAUAUGAGAAUUCAUUCAGGAGAGAAACCUUAUCAGUGUUCAGAAUGUCUAACUAAAUUUGCACAAAAAUCUGAUCUUGUAAGACAUAUCAGAUUUCAUACGGGGGAAAAACCAUAUCAGUGUUCUGAGUGUCAAAAAAAAUUUAAAGAAAAAUCAACUUUAGUACAACAUUUUAGAGUUCAUACAGGAGAAAAACCAUUUCGGUGCUCUAGGUGUUUAAAAGCAUUCUCCUGCAAAUCGACUUUGGUGAAGCAUAUGAAAAUUCAUCAAGAAGAAAAGCCAUAUUGAUGUUUUGAUGAUCGACAUGUUGUGAUCUGUGGUGUAUAGUCACAUCUGCAGUUUCCCACAAAGUUUUGAUGCAGUUCUUUUAUUGUGAGAUAAGCCAUCAUGGGUCCAAAGAAGGACCAUUUCAGUAUCCUCACCUGCUUGAGGUUUAUAGACAAAGCCUGGACCAUGCAGGACCAUGCAGUCAUCAUGGAAAAAAUUCUGGCCUGACUUUGUGGCGGCCAGGAAUUUUGAAAGCCUCGAAGAUGAGCCAGAGCUGGCAGAGAAUAUUGUGUCCCUGGGGAAGAUCUUGGGCCUGGAGGUGACUGAAGAUGAUGUGGAGUUGAUGGAGGAGCAUAGAACUGAAUUCCCCACAGAAGAACUUAUAGACCUUCUGUUGCUCCUCCACAGCAACAGAUUGCAGCAGAGGAGCUAUCUUCAGUGGAAGAGAAGGAAGGGAUAAUGUGCCCAUUGCACU